AUGUCAUCCUCGACGCCAAACCCUAAUGGACACUGCCCUGUAGUGGAGCUCAACUUCAAAGGUGUAUUUCUUCGAAAUCCUUUCUCGUAUAAACUUGGUAAGCCCUUAUUAUAUGGGAUAGCUGCUAUUGCUAAUGAUAGAGACUACGCUUCUUUCAUUUUUGAUGCUUAUGGGUCCGAUGGUAUAAUUCCCAUUUAUGUGGACCGUGAUGGUCAAAGAAUAGAGGGAUGGUUUGGCUCUGAGAUAGAAGAGGAAGAAGAUAGUGACGAUUCAUGCAUUGAUAGCAGUGAAAAUGAAGAAGAAAUUGAAAACCUUAGAGAUGUGGAGAUGGACUUUAAUGAUGAUGAAGUCAUUAUGAACAUAACAAAAGGUGAUGAUUUUGUUUGA